AUGCCCAUCGCUCCAGGUACUCUUUCUGGCUUCGACCAGCUUCUUUCCGUCUCGCAGGAGGCUAUCCAACAUCAACUGAAGUUACUCUACCUUACUGAAAUUGAUCCUCCCAUCAAGGAUGGCCCAAAACACUUGAUCAACCACGAGAUGAGUUUCCAUCUCUCAGGCGUCAAUCCCAAGACCCAGAAGACAUUUUUUCACAAGGAUGGUCUUGACACCUAUGUCUGCUGCCCUCAACUUGAGUUGGGAGGACAAUCGAUCAAGAGUCUCGAGGAUCCUGAUAAAUACCGUAUUGCUGUCAUCCGAUUCAAGUUCCGAAAAGCCGAGGAUUGGGAGGUUACGGAUGAGGAAGUCGAAGCAGGGAAGCGACGAGACAGUGUGUUCAUUUAUAAGAACGUGUAUCAGGACGAUGAUGGGGAGGAUAGAGUGGAAUACCCUGAAGUGGUUGUUAACGGAUGGGAGAUCUCGUGGGAAACACUGCUUGAUCGUAGAGAUAUUCAGGAUGUUUUCAAGGGCCCCGCGGAUUCGACGACUAGCCACGUCUCCAUUUCCCAGGGUGUGAAAGAGCAGCUCCAAGCUGUAGGCGAUAAGAACUUCCAAGUCUCGACUAUUUUCUGUGCAAUGCAAAAUGCGCGACUGGUUCGUUCUUUCCGCCUCGUUGACGCAAAUGGCAAUGAGCCUACGAGCGUCAAAAACACCAAAGGGGAAGCGAUUGAUGUGCGAACCAUGGUGGAGAAUCUCAUGAACAUCAUCAGCAGUCGAUUCACCAGCCAGAACAAAAGCAAUACUGAGGGACUCGGUCCUACCCCCGACAAUCCUUUCAUUCUGGGAUACACCAUGUCAUCCAAGGUGCCCGAGCUGAAAGAUGUCAACCCCGCGGCAGCAGCAGCUAACAUCCCCACGCCAAACUACUUUGUGCCAAAGUCCUUCCGUGUCAACCUGUCGCCGGGCAAUCAGUACUCCGAGGGAACCAUGAACUACUGCAUGCAAACUUUCCGCGCCAUGGAGCCACCAAGCUUCAAUACGCCAGGACUGGAGCGUCAAGUGGACUACGGCGUAGAUGGUGCGGGUCGAUUCCCAACCAACGUGUUCACAAAACUCAAGACAAAGGCCACUCCAGGAUCUGCGGAAGGUGCGCUGUUCUUUGCCCAAGACAUUUUCAUGAAUCAUUGGAUUGGUAGCUCCGUCGCGCCACUCUUCUACCUCAGUCCUUUCAUGGUUGGCCAGAAGGCCGCUGAGGAGCUUGAAGAGGAAUACAAACCGCUCAACGUGAAGGGAAGGAUGUACUCCAUGUUUUCAGGCAACUUGCAGCGAAAUCUCACAACUGGGAAAGAAUACGUCAUGACAGAUUCGGCUCGCAGUGACCGACGUAUCAUUGCAGAGAAUGGACUAGAUGACCCAACCGAGUCGGUCAAGAUGGAGUAUGAUACAAAGGUCAAAGUCUCUUAUGAGAAUUUGUACCCCCUCAAAGACGAGGAUGAUGACUUGAAGCGUCGCUUGAAGCUUACCAUCGGAUCUUACACUCAUUUCAAGGUCAAGAUCUAUCGCCGAACUGUCAUAAGUCAUACGGGGAAAGCCUUCGAGGAGACCGGCAGAUCAAUAUGGAACUGGGUCGGUGGUGAUGGUGGUACCACAGAUAUCCUAGGUGAUGGAAACUGGGAAGAAGCCAUAGACACCGAUGUCUGGCUAAAUUUCAAGUACACGUUCCACAUUGGUACGAGCGCCACAAAUCGAGGCAGUUUCGAAAUUAGCAACACUCACGCGGAGCACCUGGACAGUAACGGGAGUCUGAACGCCAAGAACGAGUAUCCCUCCAGCGAGGAAGCACCUGGUGUAUGGAGGCAGACGACCACCCAUAACUGGGCAAACACGUUUGAUUUCGCGUUUGACGGCGAGAAGGCGGGAGUGGGCAAGAUGGCGGAGGAUCUGGCAAAGGGUGGUCAAGGGCUCGUCGAUGGUGCUCUUGAUGACUUGGUCGAUUCGCUGAGUGCCACGGUCAUCCUUCCUGCGGGAAGUGUCUUUAUGUUCAAAGGCUUUUCCACCGACGAUGCUGGGAACGUCUUUACAACCAUCAACUACGAUACCACGACCGGGGAUGAGGUCCAGAUGCGACGCGCGAAGGAUGUGCUCCAGUCGAGGUGGCAGGCUCCUGUUAAGCCUGGCGCAUAA